GAUCUGUACUCCCAUGUUGACAACUGGAAGUCUUAAUAAACAGAUCCUACCCUGGUAGUGAUCUAAUCAUAUUAUAUAUCCAACAAUUAUAGCUUGUACACAGAGUGUCGAGUAUCUAACCACAGUCUCGAUAUCAAACACAGCCUGGAAUCUAAACCUUGUCAACCUAUUAGUCUUGACCUAUAAACAUGAGUGAUGCAACAGACAUUAUUCGGCCAAUCCUCUUCGUCAUUCGCCUGGCUCUAUGGAUUAGUGCAGUGAUUGUGAUGGGACUUGCUGCUUGGGUAGUCACUCAUGUGAAAGGAUACCGGGCGGUCUUCACCUUAGUCAUUGCGGUACUCACAACGGCAUUUUACAUACCCUCUUUCUUCACUUCAUGUAUGAGUCGCAACCGUGGAUAUAUGCUUCCAUUAGAUAUUAUUUUUUACGCCCUGUGGCUUUCGGCUUUUAUCUUUGUAGCUCAAACUGACAACGUUUUGGGCACUGAUAAUGUCGGUUGUAAUUAUUUCUCUUGGACCUUGACUUGGGGCUGUACGAGACGAAACUCCAUUGAAGCAUUUACCUUCCUGGCCUUUUUCUGGACAUUGUGUGGCAUGUGUCUCGAGAUUGCAAAUAUUUAUCUACACGCCCGGCAGUUCAGAAAUGUACCUCCCGCUAAUCACCCUGAGAAACCGACGGUAGUUCGUGAUGGUCCGGCGUGGACAACUCCAGAUGCUCCUACGCAGACAACCACAGGUACUACGGCUAGGCCGGCUUCAGCCGCAGCUGAUGAGCAAAAUGUAGUCUAAGAUGAUCAUCUCCAUCGCCUCAGACAGCGGUAUUCGAUACCUUGCCGAGUUUCGAUUUGAUAAGUCUUCGGUCUAGGUACACGGUCGUUGGGGGCGUAGUAGAACAAAAGCUCUUAUGUCAUGUUUGUGGUGUGGAAUUGUUUGAGGUGCAAUGAAAAACCAAGAUAACAUCGUUACUUUAGCAAAACCAUUACUUUGAACUUUAGUGUUUGAAUAUCCGACACGCGACGGUCUAUAUCUCGCGAAACCCAAGCUAUUUAUUGGAUUUUAUACAGGACAGCGAAAGUCUGAUGGCAGAAUGGCAGGAUCAUAUCCCGAUUUGAUAAUGUGAUGACAGUCAAUUUAUGCAAGGAAG